UAUUUUUUUAAUUUCGAGUUUUCCAUUUCUCUUAUUUAUAAAUUGAUUCGUAUUGUUCAUAGCCUUCGUGUACAUAUAGAUAAAUAGACAAGGUGUCGUUUACUAGAACUUUCUUUGAGCUGUAUAUUCUUUUGCCAGUUUUAAUAUCUUUAUUUGAAGAAAUUGCCCCUCGAUAUUGGCAAAAGAGUCGUUUAAAGAAAGCGAGCAGUUUAAGGGAAAUAAGUUAAUUUUUAACAAGAGACAUUCCCUGUAAAAGGAAAAAAGAGAGAAAAUUUAGCCACGCAGCAUUAACCCACAUCGAUAUCGCCGGUCCUGAGAGGCUCGUACGCGUUUAAAUGCAGAUGCACCCCCGUGCUUUCCACGUCCUUGCCCUCGCACUGACUGCGGUCGUAAGGGCCGACUGUGACGAUAAAGCAAGAUGGUAUUCCGAAUUACGGUCUGUACUCAAAAAUUGCUCACCGGAGUCCUGGAACAGUUCCGGCCAGGAUGAAUUAUUGGAGAUUUUUAAAGGAUGCGUGCAGCAGAGAAUUGUCAACACCAUGGAUGCCUUGCUCGACGAUGACAUCAUUCCGAUAUUCGAGGGAAUCGAUUUGAUACGAUUUCGUUCGAACGUCGAGAACAGUACGGAAUUUAAAUCGGGAGAUAACACCAGCUGGUCAGCAGUCAUUUGGAAUCGAUUGGCACGCGUUCUGCGGACUCACGCUUUCAAAGUUGACGUCGAACACAUGUUCAACACAGCAUCGUCCGAUGUUGGUCCGAACAGAAAUAUUGUCCAAGGCCGAGGACGUCAUCGACAUCGUCACCGUCACCGUCAUCACAUGCUGCCGCUGAUGAUGUUAGGUCUGUUGUUGAUGGGUUCGAUCCUAGUACCGAUGGGCUUUCAGUUUCUCGCAGUGCUGGGCGGCAAGGCUCUGAUCCUUGCGAAAAUGGCUCUUAUAUUGUCCAGCAUCCAAGGCUUGAAAAAGAUAGCGACAAGCGGUGUCAAUUACGGAUUAUACCACGUACAUGACAGGAGCCAUCAGGUGCUCCCCCAGGAGGAGGAGCAUCCGUUUUUCGUGCCUCCGCAUCCUUAGCUCCUCGCCACAAGUUUCGGAGAUACGAAUUAUUCAAGAAGAGGCUUCAACGCAAUGCGCAAUGUACCCUUGUCGAUAAAAGCAAGGAAAAAGCGUGAGCAGUCGGCAUUACUUUCUGAAAUUCUGAAUUAUUUAUUGCGAAAAGUCCUUGAAUUUUAUUAAUAAUCACGUACAGGCGAUCUCUUGUGUUUUAUUUUUUCUUUCGAGAUAUUUUUUUACCCAUCGUUGCACAUUUCGCCGCAAGCUGUUCGAUUACGCAAAAACAUUCUCCAAAUCAUAUUUGAGAUAUGACAUUACACAUAUAGUAUAUAAUAUAUUAGAAUAUAUAUUGCCGAGAACAAUGUAUCGCCGAGAUAAAUUUUUUCUAAUCUGGAUUUUAAUAGAGUGUUAAUUCUUAUUAAUUAAAAGCAAUGACUCUAUUCCGAAUUUGACAAAUUGGCGACCGCACGUGCGCGGGAGACCGAUAACGGAGAGCGUUUCAGGUCGCUGACGUCCACGUGUAUCAAUUAAUCCGCCAUGGCAGAAUUGCAAAUCGGCGGUUGUAUUAUUGAUAGACCCAUAAAUGCAUACUAUAUUAUUUGCAACGGUUUCCGCUUUGUGACCAUCGUUUUAAUAGUAUUAAAUUUCAUCGUAAACAUGAGAAUCCAUUCGUGAAACAUACCGUUUUGCCAUGACACGCGCAAUCCUUGUAUCGAGGAUACGAACUGUCUUUUGCGCGCAUUUAGGAGGAAAACUAUUAUUUUGAAGGAGCACACAUACGGUAUAUCGUAAUGCGUUAAUCACAAUGUUUGUUAACUGAUCGUAUUUUGAAUUGUAUUUCCCCUGUAGGAUGGAAUAGUCAAGGGGAUGAUUACAUGUCAUCGAGGAUCGUCCGUCACUCGUUUGGUAAAUUCGAUAAAGUUAUCGAAUGAUAAAUCGCGUUAUUUUAUUCAUCAGUGUUACAUCAAGACGCGCUCUUCAUGUUUAACUUCUAUGGGCUAACAUGCAUACGCAAUGUCUAUGAUUUACAUCUAAAUAGAUACCGUUAUAUAGGAUGGUUUUGAUCUUUAUAGAGUACUUUGGCUCCACCGCGUGCAAAAGAUCUAUAUUGAAAUAUUGAUCGCUAUUUGUUUUUGUAUUUUUAUCUCUACGUAUUUUACGUGUUAUGUAUAGAGAUCCGUAAUAAUAAACGUGCGAUUAUUGGAAAAAGUUUAAUUAAGCAAUAAACAUUCAAAUUUAAUUGAUAUAAAAUUUUGUGUAUCUGACGUGGCUGGCGAUUAUCUUUUACACUAUAACUAACUUUCGAUCAAUCGUUAAUCAUUCGUUUCAUACCAUGGUACAAAGUGCAUAUAUAUUAAUUAUUUAUUACAUCGCUAUUUAUAUCGUGAUGCGAUUAUAGAAAUAUUUUGAUUUUUUGUACAUUGAGUAUUUCGAUUAAAUAUUAUUAUUGCUAA